CACAGCUAACAAAAAUGGCGAAGUGGCCGUCGCUCCCCGCCGCCGCCGUCCGCCGCGCCACCCCCUUCGCCGCCUCCGUUUCUUCCUCAGCGUCCAACUCCAACCACGAGCUGGUAUGUGAUGAGCAGACGCUGGUGGUGGUGGGCGGAGGCGCCGCCGGGGUGUACGCCUCGAUUAGGGCCAAGACCCUGGCUCCCCACCUCAACGUCCUCGUCUUCGACAAAGGAAGGUUCUUGUCCAAGGUCAAGAUUUCCGGUGGCGGCCGAUGCAAUGUCACCAACGGGCAUCAUCUGGAGCCACUGGGGAUGGCAAGAAAUUAUCCUAGGGGCCACAAAGAACUUAGAGGGUCGUUCUUCAAAACUCAUGGUCCGCAGGAUACCAUGCGUUGGUUCUCGGAUCAUGGUGUUGACCUUAAGACAGAAGAUGACGGUAGAGUUUUUCCUGUCACUGACAAUUCUGCGUCGAUAGUAGAUUGCUUACUGAAUGAAGCAAGGCGACUUGGAGUUUCCCUGCAGGCUGGUAAAGCUGUGUCUGGUGCAUCUGUCAGUGAAAAUGGGGAAUUUGUUGUGAAGGUUGAGAAGCGAACCAUUGAUUUUGUGGAUUAUGUAAAAGCUAACUAUGUCUUAGUUGCUACAGGGAGCAGCCAGCAGGGUUAUUCAAUUGCUGCACAGUUUGGUCACUCUAUUAUUGCUCCAGUGCCCAGCCUAUUUACGUUCAAAAUUACAGACAAGCGAUUGGCUGACCUCUCUGGGGUCACAUUUCCAAGAGUCAAAGCAAAACUGAAGCUAAACGGCAUCCAGAAAAGCACUCCCGAAUUAACUCAGACUGGGCCAAUGUUAGUUACACACUGGGGGCUUAGUGGGCCUGUUGUUCUUCGGUUGUCUGCAUGGGGAGCACGCGAACUGCACCAAUACAACUACCAAGCAAAGCUUACCGUUGACUUCAUACCUGACAUUCAUAUUGAGGACGUGAAGCGCAUCCUUUUCCAGCACAAAGAUCACCAUGCGUCCUUGCAGAAGCACAAGAUAAAUAACUCAUUUCCCAUGGAGUUCGGUCUGGUGAAGAGAUUUUGGAGAUUCUUGCUAGAACAGGAGAGUAUAGAUGGUGACACGUACUGGUCGUCCACACCAAAUAAUAAUCUAAACACGAUAGCCCUUAGGUUAAAGCAAUGGAUAUUUGAGGUUGUCGCUAAGGGUCAAUUCAAAGAUGAAUUUGUUACCGCUGGAGGUGUUCCGCUUUCAGAGAUAUCGCUGAGCACUAUGGAAAGCAAGAAACAGUCCAAUCUGUUUUUCGCAGGAGAGGUGCUUAAUAUUGAUGGGGUCACUGGCGGAUUCAAUUUUCAGAAUGCAUGGACUGGCGGUUAUAUAGCUGGGACAAGCAUAGGAACAUUGGCAUCAAGCAACAAUGUCAAGCAGCAGCAGUCGUAUUUACAACUGGAAGGAUGAUGAAGGGUCACACUGCAAAAAGGACUCCUGCUUGUUCUUACUCCUGAAGACUAAAAUUGACAAAUGACACAGUAGAGAUGUAUAUAGAGGUCAACUAUAGACAGAGGUCGCAUAGAAUGAUCUGCUGUAGCACAGCUGUGCGAGAUCUAGUUGCGGUUCAUUUCUCCAAACAGAAAAUCAGAUAUACGAAAUAGUACACUGGUUUUGACAAGGUUA